AUGAGUUCACGCUCCGAAUCUGCGGUGCUAGAAGAUGCAUCGGUAGAGGAAGUGAACCUAACUGGCAGUAUAUCGCUGGCUGAAGUGAUGCUUUACCUGCGUACGGAGUCGCGUAGUGGAGCUACACCCAUACCUUCACUGUAUCUCUCUCUGAGGCUGAAGUGCGCGCCAUCAACGACACUGCUUUCUUCUCUUCUUAAUCACUCUUCGGGCGCGGCUGUUUUGAAAGCUGUUCUUAGAACGUCUGGGUUCCACGAAGCAAAAUAUUUACUUGAAGGAAGGCGAGAAGUUAGCUCUCCGACGGAACCUAUUCGAAACGAUAUGCAGGUCUACAAACCGAACUAUCGUAUAGCAGAACACAAAGUUUUCGAUUUACACAGAUUAUCAAAGCGGAUAAACGCGAAGUUCAGGCUCAGACAGCCAGGUGCGCGUGUCGAUCAGGUCUCAAUUCAGCUUGUUGGGGGCGCAGUUCGUCAACGCAUUCGUAAAUUGUCAGCAUUACUCGCGCGAUCAAGCGAAACGCGUCGCUCUCUGUCUGAUAUAUUUCCACAGGUGACCAGAGUUCAUGCGCAGCCGCGAGAUCAGGUGCGUGAGCUCAAUCUAAAUCUCGCACAGAGGACGUCAGUUAGGCGAGAGGAGGAGCAUCAGAAGCUACUGCAGCUUGGUGAAUCUUCAAAUAAGAAAAAGCGCAAAACAAGCGAUGAAGAGUACGACGAAGAACUUCUCAUAAGAGCUGAGAGAGCACGUGAAGAAGAGGAAGAGAGACAACUUGCCGACGCAGCGAAUGAGGCGACGAGGAGCGCUCUUGGUGAUGCAAAGUAUCUCAAAUGGUUUUCCAAGACACAUCAAGCAAGUGUUCAAAAUACGGAAUCACCGAAAAGAAUGCGAGAGGUUUUGCACGAAGCUCCACGUGAAAUGGACGCGAAAGAUGAUGCUGGCAGUAACGCACAGCCAGCGGGUACAAAAGUCACUCUUGCUGAUGUAUUGGGUGUUCUUAGAUCAGAGAAAACAUUCAGCGCAGUGUUCCCAAGACUCUUAGAUAAAGACAACUCAUUUUUUGUGGUUUAG